AUGUCAGCAGACUUCUGGAACUCGUCACAACGUAAUAGAUGGCAACUUACCAGACAUUCUUUGUUGGAAUCAAGGCGAAAGCUUCUCUUGCUUGAGAAGAAGAUGAUUCAAAAUGGAUUUAUCAAGGAUUACCCAAAUGUCGAAUAUGAUGCUAAUACAAGAAUAUAUUUGCAUAACCUUCUAGUCAAAUUAGGCAGAAGGCUCAAUGUCAGGCAAAUAGCAUUAGCUACAGCAGAAGUAUACAUGAGCAGGUUCCUCAUCAAAGUGCUGUUGAAAGAAAUAAAUGUAUACUUGCUUGUGACUACGUGCCUAUACGCUGCUUGCAAAAUUGAAGAAUGUCCCCAACAUAUACGGCUUAUCACGUCAGAAGCAAGGAAUCUUUGGCCUGAAUACAUCCCGCAGGAUAUAACCAAGCUAGCCGAGUUUGAGUUCUACUUGAUCGAGGAGAUGGACCUGUACUUGAUUCUUCACCAUCCAUAUCGUUCAUUGCUACAGAUCAGAGACUAUUUGAGUGAAAGCUAUGCUGUCUACGGAUUUUCCUUGUCGGACGACGAAUUACAGAAUUCGUGGUCCCUCAUAAACGACAGCUACAUCACAGACCUACACCUCCUUCUACCGCCACAUAUAAUAGCCAUUGCUACCAUAUACAUAACUAUAGUGCUCAAGAAAAAUAUCAGCUCAUUGCGUCUUGGUGCAAACUCCAUGUCUAACGACACAGUUAGCAUGGACCCCCAAUCAAAACCCAACCCCAGCCCUAUCCAUGCCGAAGACCUUAUGGCCUUGGCCACCUCUGGUGCCACCAUGAAUGACAUCGCUAACCCAUCCGACUCCAACGGCUUCCACGAUAUAGAACUCGACGAAAAUACAAUCAAAAUCAACAAGUUCAUGUCCUUUUUAGAUCAUUCCCACAUCAAUUUGAACGAAGUCGUCGAAGCUAUACAAGAUAUCAUCAAUUUGUAUGCCAUUUGGAACCGGUACAACGAAAUUUCUGUUAAAAAGAUCCUACAAGACAUGCUAUUAAAUAGAUCUACAUAA